UAAAUUUAAUCAGAAUUUAAAAAUAAAAUUUGUUCAAUUAAAUUUAAUCAAAAAUUAAAAAAAAAAUCAGUUGAAAUAAUUUAAUAAAUAAUUAAAAAAAAAUAUGUUGCAUGUUGCAUAAAAGACAGAACCAAGGAGAAUAGGGGAAUAGAAGAAGACAAACGCGAGUCGGAGGAAGAAGAAUAGAAGACAAACGCGCGUCGGAGCUUGCGGCCACGUCGGAGCUGCGUCGGACCUGGAGGCUCGUCGGAGUCGGAGGUGCGUCGGAGCUGGAGGCGCGUCGCCGAUGGAGGUGCGUCGGAGCCGGAGUUCGUCGGAGCUGCACGCGAUCGCCAGAGAAGAAGAAACAGAGAGGGAGAGACGAGCCGAGGUGUUUGUUUUGGAUGAGUCUGAAAUCGCGAGAGGGAAGGGAUGAUUAGGGCAAAAAAAGCCCAUUGAAAAGACUGACUUACCCUUAAUGAAGGGUAAGUCUGAAAUCGCGCCCGCGAAUCCGCGAUUUGGGCCGCUCCGCUACGCCUCCGACGCGGCCGCUCCAGCCGCUACAAAAAUCCGCCACGCGACAGCAGCCACAUUGCGGGGUGAGGCCGCUCCGCUCCGGAGUGCCGCGAUAGCGGCCGCUCCGACCGCUAUUGACUACUAUGAUUUUGAGACCCCUUUUCCUUGGACUAGGAAUUCCUCCUCAUCAGGUUGCAAGUGCUACAUCAACAUUGGUAAUAGCAUUUUCUGCAUCUUUGGCAGUGGUGGAAUAUUACCUUCUCAAACGUUUCCCUGUUCCUUAUGUGUUUUAGGUGCUUAAAUCAUUGUUUAAAGAGAACAAGUAUCCAGAUGGAAGAGUUGAAGUCAGAAAAUUUCGCAGACAGGUUGUGGGCUUGGGCCAAAUGAAAAGAAGAGGAAAAGACAACUCUUAAAAUUUUAAAAAGAAAAAGAAAAAGAAAAGAAAAAAAGAGUCUGAAAAUAAAAGAGGAAUAAUUAGAAGAAGAAAAAAAGGAGAACUAAUAGUCAGAGAGAGGAACGACUUAUCAAGAGGAGAUCAACUCACCAUCGGAAGAUGAACGACUCAUCAGUCUUUUUUGGUUUUUCCUUUUUCAUUAUGCAGAACUAAUUUUCUUUUUGUUAGAAUAUUGAUGUAAUAUUCUGGAUCAUAGUUUCUGAACCUUGUCAAUUGAUGUUUGGUUAAUUUUAAUUAUCUCAGUGUUCUAUCCAUGUUUCUAAUCUUUAUUCUAUGAACAACUUUACAAUUGGG